AAUACAUUAAGUAUAUUCGUUUCAAAUUUGAUGAAGUGUUGAAAUUACGAGUACAUGAUAUUUCAUUUUCGAGGUGAUCAUCUGAUUUUUGGCACGUUGUAGCUAUUAAAAGAAAUACCUACACAAAUUCAGGAAAAAUGUUGGAAAAUCCGUGGAAAUUGUUAUCAUUUUUAUUCUUGAUCGUUUUCCAAUGGGGAAAUGCGCAAGAUUUCAGUCAGUGGCCAUCGUUAUCUGGAUUGGAGGAAGUAUUAGAUAACAAGCAGAAAAAUGUGGAAAUACCACCGGAAGCAGUGAAUAUAACUGGAACUGCUGCACCAGAAAGCAAAUCUUUUUGGGUGAAAAAUCAAGCAAACUAUCAAUCUCUUGACAACAACAUAGAUGAAACAUUUGAAAGUGAUGACGAGGAGAUGAAUUUAGAAAUCUUGCCAGAAGCGGUAGACUCGAGUACAACUACUUCAUCAAGUGAUGCAUUUAUGUGGAUGGAAACUGAGGUAAACCAAUCUUUUAAUAGUAAAAUAGAUGAAAAAUUUGAAAAAGAAAAUAAGUAUUGGUCGGUUAGCAAAGCACGAAAAGCUAUAAUAAAACAAGAUUGGGAUUGCAGAUCUCUGAGACAUAUUAUGAAAGCUAGAUCUUAUAAAUUUGAGAAUCAUACUUACAAGACCACAGGUGAAAAACAAAUUGAAUUCAAUUGGCGAGAAGAUGUUAGUGAUUUUGGUAGCUGUUUAUGCCUAGCAGCAAAUGACUUACGUUUAGUCAUCAUAGAGUUGGCUAAAACACUCAAAGAUGGGAAUUGGUCAGUUGUUGUUGAUGAGGCAAAAAAAGAUCCUCACUCUGAAAAGAAAAUUAAAACGUACAUGAAACGUGCAGAGGACUUCAUCAAUCUGGUAAUUAAAUUUGUCGAAAAAACGAUACCAUUUAACGAGAAAACCAAACAAUAUGAAAUGAUGUACAAGUGGAAAAACACAUGGAAGAAUUGGUUUCAAUUGUCAAUCACGUUUCCUUGCUUAUUGGCUCAUUAUAUGAUGGUCCCUUAUAAAUUACGUGAAAUACCAUCUAAAAAAAUCACAACAAACAUAUUGAAAAUCAUUCCAACACCAUUUAAAAGUUUAUCAUACGAUCGUGAUGGUGCAAAUGCAAUAGGUAUGUUUGGACCAUGGCUUAUAGCUCAGAUCUACCAUUUGGGUUGUGAAGAAAAAAUAUAUAAGAAAAACAUAAUCAAUGGUGAAGUGUAUGGAAACAUUACAAAGGUGAUAGCUUUACCUUAUAGUGUGGAUCGUUUUGCUUUAGGACUUCAUCGUGAUGGAACAUAUAUAUCUCACGAAACGGUUCUUGGCUUUGGGUACCUAAAAAUGAUAUGCUCAAGUGAUACCAUGUAUGCUUACUCAUUUGACAAAAACUUGCCUAAUAAGUGUACACCACUAAGGCACUGUAGAAGAGUCUUAUCACUGCUACUUCACCACAAUAUUAAUCGUGGUCCUCCUGGUAUCUUGAGCCGUGGUAACGAUUUCUCCUCUGAUAGUGAACUGGACGCACCAUUGGGUGGUAAAAUCAUGCCACUUGCUCGAAUUUUGCGCAUUAAUACACCCAAGUGCAGAUUUUUCGUGCGAGGCGUGACAGGAGGUCUUGGAUUCUUUGAGGCAGAUCGCAAUAGCAACUUGUAUUCCCAGUAUUGGGUUCAAUCCCGUAUACCAUACAGCGCCAAAUCCAGUGCUCGAAUUCCAGAUUUCAAAUACGCCUAUGGUUUGAUAUUUUCCACAAAUCACGAUGAUUACAUUAAACUGAAAUCUCGUACAAACACAACUGACAUUUAUAAUUCCACCAAAAAUUCCUGGAGCAUUGUUGGCAGUUUAGGUCUCACAGAGGAAACUCGGCAAGAUUUUCUACUACAAAAUUAUGAAAUACAAGAAUAUGGCAAAUAUCGUGUAUACGAGUACAUUCGUUACUCGCAUCGUGAUAAAAUAUACGCGGUCGUAGAUUUAGAAAUUGAUAAUCGCAAAGGAGACGAAGAAUUGGGUAUUCGGUACAGUUUGGUCGACGUAGACCCUCAUAAAAUUGAACAAACUAAACACGAACUGCAAGUAUUGAAAAUUUCAGCGGGGAAAAUCGCAAGAAUGCAGCAUAUUGUCAACUUGGAGACUUGUACAAUCAGGACGAUUCUGGAGGAAAAACAUCUACGUGAUCCAAUGUGGCAAGAUUUUGAUGCUGGGAAGACAGUAUUACGUUUGGAUGAAUUUGAAAACGGUGUUGAUAAAUGGACUUUGAAUACAACAAACAAUGUAGUUUCAUCGUCUGUAUCUGGUAUACAUUCGUGCGCUGCUCCUCUGCCCAAUGAGAAGGAAUUUGAGUCGAUUCGUGAUGGUGAAUUUGUCUUUGAUGCUGAGGAUAGAAACGCGUACGUAUAUAAGAAAAAGUAGGUUUUCUGAAAUUUUUUAAACCUAAUUAACAGUCUUAUAUUUUAUUGCUCAUAUUUUGUGCUCAUAGUCAGAGCUCAGUAAAGUUCUAAAUGAAUGAAUUAUUUGAAAGUCAUUUAAGUUAUGUUUUAUGUUAGAUAAUUUUUAUAAGCAAAUCAAGGUACAUAGGUAUAUGUAGGUAUCCCAACAGAAAUACAACACUGAAAAUUGAUUACACUAGGUACCUACCUAUUUUUUACCGCCAAAGCUACUUGUUGGAGAUUUCAAGAGUGCAGAUUUUUGGAUUUUCUAGUAUUAGAAAAUUGAAAAUAAAAAUGACCCCCUCCCCCAUACCUGAAAAACACAGAAUCUGAACUGGCAACACGAUUUUCGAAAAAUUGUGCGUAAAUUGUUCAGAGAGGCACGAAGACGAUGUAUUCCAGUUUACAAGAGUUUAAAAUUUAUCGCAGAUUCCAGAACGGCUUUGUAAAUCACUAAAAAUCUAUUCGGCAGGUCGAACAUAGGGCAGAUAUAAAACAAAUCUGAGCUUUUUACCUCAAAAAUGGGCCUUGGAAUUUUCAAAUAAGUAUUUACCAAAAAUUAAAUAAAAUAAAAUUCAGCGCUAAAAAUGUGGCUUAGUGGUGUAUUUUUGAAUAUCCACAUCGGUUCAACAAUUUUUCCACUAAUUGAGAUACCUACCUUCUUUGUACCGAUAUAUACAAGGUACCCAGAAAUACCGUGAACCCCGAAGAAAGUUUUUUUUAUUAAAAAUAUAGGUUGGCAUCGUGAAAUAUGAUGCAUAUGAUUGGUGGAAUGUUAUCACCUCAGUCUAACACCAAUCAUGUGCUAAUUCAUUAUCAUUCAGUGUGAUCAACCGAAAAAUUGAACAGAUAACUUUUUUAGGGGUUCACAAUAUUUCUGGGCACCCUGUAGGUACCAAAAAUAUUUAGUUAAACGUAGGUACCUAUUUACUAUUUAUCCUAAUCAAAUACAAAUAAUUAUAUAAGUGUUUCCCCAAAAUAUCAAGUGGAAAAAUUGUACCAAAAAAAUUAACAUGAGUAAGUAGGUACCUAAUUAAGUAUAAUUUUUUUUAGAAUUGCAGAAAAUAUGUACUUCAAAAAUUUCACAUUUUUAAAUUAUAUAAUUUCUACCUAGUCAAUUUUGUGAUGAUACGAUUUAAGUAUAAUCAUGAUCAUAACUUUCCAAGAAAGUGAAUAGGUACUUAUUCAAUUGCGUAAUAAUGCUUAUAAUUCGUUGACACUUCGGCGAAAUAAGAUGAAUAAUUUUUUAGAAUUAGGUAUAACUUCUUACUGUUUUUUUUUUCAAAUUAAUUCAUUUUUAUUAGAUCACCUACCUAAUUUUUAGAGCUUUUUAGUUGGUAUUGGUAAUGAAUAAAAAAUUAGGUAAUUCUGGAAAUAUUUUUGAAAAUGAUGGCUGAAAAAUUAAUCUGUGUAUUACCUACAUUGAUUUUUUUGUAGACUAAGUAUUAGGUAGAGGGUGAUUUAAUUUUUUAUAAGAGUAUGUUUCAAGAAAUUGAGUAUCUACCUACUUGUACCUAUAGGUAUGUGUUUUUUUUAAAGCUGUUGUUAUUUUUACCAAUUAUAUUAAUUUCAUUUUGUUUUCUUCAGGAUUAUGGCUUUUUUUAAAAGUAA